CUCGAAAUUUGAAACGAUUCCAACACCACAGAAGAGAAACAAGACAGCAGGUGAGUCAAAUCAAAGGAAGAAGAAUUUAGUUAGCGACAGGCGGCCGCAGUUCGUCACCUUCCACCCUCAGCAACCACACCCCCAGCACUCGCAUUCCACACCCACACGCCCAGCCUCUCAUUCGGCCAGUACCAGAAGGAGGAAACGGAGACGUGUGUGGGGGGGUUGGGCAACUGGUAGUUUAGAGAAAAAUUUGAUCUGAUUUGCUGCACGGAUUCUCUCCCUCAGAGGACGAAAGUGACGACGAGACGGCGAAGUACAGUUCGACAGGGUUCGCGUGUCGCGUGAAAUGCUCCCCCUCCACAACAACAAUGGCGAUCUGGAGACGGGGAAACUGUUCAAUUCCAAGUUUCGAAUCCGCGUCUUUGAAAAGUUUGGGGCUUGGUUGCGCCUCAUCUGGGCGGAUAAAAAUUCGCGAAAUCUCCUCCUCUUCCUCUGCCUCAAUCUCUCUUUCGCGUUCGUCGAACUCUUUUACGGCGUCGUGACCAACUCCCUCGGCCUCAUUUCGGACUCGUUCCACAUGUUUUUCGACUGCACUGGUCUACUCGCCGGCCUCAUCGCCUCCGUGAUAACCAAGUGGCGAGCGAAUGACAAGUUUAGCUUCGGCUAUGUCCGAGCCGAAGUGCUGGCUGGGUUCGUGAACGGGCUCUUCCUCCUCUUCAUCGCUUUCUUCAUCUUUUCCGAAGCUGUUGAGAGGAUUCUCGAGCCGCCCGAGGUGAAGCACGAGAGACUCUUUGUCGUCAGCGUGUUGGGAUUUCUGGUCAAUUUGAUCGGCAUCUUUGCCUUCCAGCAUGGGCAUGGACAUUCACAUGGUGGGGGUCACGGUCACUCGCAUGGAGGCGGCCAUUCCCACGAUAACAAUCACGGUCACUCUCACGGCGCUCCAGGGCCAGAAGUGGACUCGAGGAACAGUCAAAUUAUGCAAGGCGUGUACCUUCACAUCCUGGCUGACACGCUGGGCUCGGUUGGCGUCAUUGUGAGCGCUAUCCUCAUGUGGGCGUUCGGCUGGAUGAUUGCAGAUCCGAUUUGCUCCAUGUUCAUCGCCAUCCUCAUCUCGCUCUCCGUGCUAAGUUUGAUCAAGGACUCUGUCCUGAUCUUGAUGCAACGUCAACCACGUGAGUUGGACUCGCAGCUGCCGUCUUGUUACCAGCGGUUGAUGCAGCUCGAGGGUGUUUACUCUGUCCAAGAGCCGCACUUUUGGACCUUAUGCUCCGACUUUUUCGUGGGGAGUGUGAAAUUGGAGGUGGCGAGGAAUGCGGACCCACGCUACCUGACGCAACAAGCUCAACUCAUCUUCCAAGGGGUGGGCGUCCGGCAAAUCUACGUCCACCUUGACUACUCCCUUACAUGAUGACGGAGAACUUUUAUAGGGCUUUUUUGUAAUCCAUAUAUUCAUUCUAACGAGAACAGCAGAGGAAGCGAAACGUUCCAAAAAUUUAGGGUAUUAUUAUGAAAAUAAAUGAGAUGAGAGGUGAAUAAUACUUGAAAUAGUCAAUCCAAUCAACUAUUUUGCUAUUACCAUGUUUUGUUUUUAUUUGUUUAUCGUUUGUUAAUUAAUGCUAAGUACUUGUCGUCAUUCCCUGUAAAUACAGCCCCCCACUCAACCAUGGUCUAGUAUUUGUGGUGUAAAUGAUGCAUGGGAUUUAUAUGUGGAUAGUUAAAAUGUAAGGGACUCUGUAACUAAGAAUUUAAUCAAUGUGCAAAAUUAAGGUUGAAAAUCAAACCGAAGGUACAUACAUAGCUUUAAUUUAGAUUUGUAAUGAAUACCGGAUCGAUAAUAAUCGGUCCGUGAUAAACUACUACACUCCGAGCUGUGCUGUGUUUCAAUAAUUAAUUAAUUAUUGAUCCCUGAUCGCCCUUCUUCGUUCUUCUUCUAGUAUUUAUUUAAACUUGUGAAAAGGUUAUUACAUGUUAUCGAUUGAAUUAAGUAAGCAAUUAAACUUAGGUUACUUGACAGAGUGAGAGUGAGGAGCGAACGAGCGAGAGAAAUUUUGGAAUAAACAGAUUUUUAAUUUUC